UACUUACAGAAGCUAAUUAAGGUGAUCGAAAAUGAAGCUUCUUUCAGAGAAAGCAGCAUGCAAUUCACACGGACAGGAUUCAUCGUACUUCCUGGGGUGGCAGGAGUACGAGAAGAAUCCGUACGAUGAGGCCCGGAAUCCGAAAGGGAUCAUCCAAAUGGGGCUGGCGGAGAACCAGCUUUCGUUCGAUCUUCUGGAGUCGUGGUUGGCUCAGAACCCCGACGCGGCGGCGUUCAAGAACGACGGGGAAUCCGUUUUCCGACAGCUCGCAUUGUUCCAGGAUUAUCACGGCCUCCCUUCUUUCAAGAACGCUAUGGUUCAGUUCAUGUCGGAAAUCCGAGGAAACAAGGUGUCCUUCGACUCCAGCAAGCUCGUCCUCACCGCCGGCGCAACUUCCGCUAAUGAAACUCUCAUGUUUUGCCUCGCCAACCCCGGCGACGCUUUCUUGCUCCCAACUCCAUAUUACCCAGGAUUCGAUAGAGAUCUUAAGUGGAGAACUGGAGUGGAGAUUGUGCCGAUACAGUGUUACAGUUCAAAUGGGUUCAGAAUCACAGAGUCUGCGCUGGAAGAAGCGUACGAGGAAGCAAAGAAACGCAACCUUAAAGUGAAGGGCGUUCUGGUGACCAAUCCUUCGAAUCCAUUGGGAACAACCUUGACCCGACAGGAACUGAAUCUCCUCCUCACAUUCAUCGACGAAAAACGCAUCCAUCUCAUCAGCGACGAGAUCUACUCCGGCACCGUUUUUGACUCCCCGGCGUUCGUCAGCGCCAUGGAGGUUCUAACCGAACGGAGAAACCACUUCAACGCCGACGUCUGGGACCGCGUCCACCUCGUGUUCAGCCUGUCCAAGGAUCUGGGCCUCCCGGGUUUCCGCGUCGGCGCGAUUUACUCCAACGACGAGAUGGUGGUCGCCGCCGCGACCAAAAUGUCGAGCUUCGGUUUAGUUUCGUCCCAAACGCAGUACCUCCUGGCCGCCAUGCUGUCGGACAAGAAGUUCACGAGGAAAUACGUGUCGGAGAACCAGAAACGGCUCAAGAAACGGCACGCAAUGAUGGUGAAAGGCCUCAAGGACGCCGGCAUCGGAUGCCUGGAAAGUAACGCCGCCUUGUUCUGUUGGGUCGACAUGAGACAUCUCCUCGCCGAGAAAACGUUCGACGCCGAAAUCGAAUUAUGGAAGAAAAUCGUGUACGACGUCGGCCUAAACAUCUCCCCCGGAUCUUCCUGCCAUUGUACGGAGCCCGGCUGGUUCCGAGUUUGCUUCGCCAACAUGUCGGAGGAAACGCUCCACCUGGCAAUGCAACGGAUAAAGUCGUUCGUUGAUUUAAAACCGGCCGACGAGGAUCAGACGGUCCACAGCCCUCAGCAUUCAAACAAGUCAAAGAAGAAAGGGUUCAGCAAAUGGGUUUUCCGGCUAUCGUUCAACGACCGCCAGAGAGAACGGUAGUCUGGCCACGGCGGCCGCCGCCUCCCGCCUGCGUGAAUCCUUGAUUUUUUUAAACUCAAUUUCUUGAGUGUUGACUUUUUACUCAAUACUUGGGCUUUGAGUCACCAAAAUUCUUUUGUAACAUUUUUUUUUUUCCUUUCAAAAAUCUUUAUGCGUUCACACUAUGAUGCACUCAGUCCAUGUGGACGAGAAGUGGAUUUUACUCUUCUUUUUUUUUUUUUUUACUUU